UAUAUAAUUUUAAAUAUAAUUUUAAAUGAAUUUUUAUGGAUCCUUCAUGUUUCUAUUAAAGUAUUUCUAUAAAUUGAUUUUUUCUCUAAUAUUGAUUUCUGGAAAAGUAUAGAAUCAAAAGAAAACCAUACAGGGUGUAAAAUAGGGAGUGCCAAAUGAAGGUAUUCAUUAAUAACCACACCCAUUCAUCUAACACUAAUAUAAAAUAACAUUGUAUUGCUCUUAAUGCUUCAGUCAUAAGCAUUCUUUCAGAGUGAAUACCUAUAGCAUGUGUACAAAAGUAUUCUAUGGAAUAUAAUACUAAUAAUUGUUUAUAAAUGACAUGCAUUUCCAUUCAUAACAUAUAUUUUGAUAAUAUUCUAUUAAAGAUUUUAGUUUCGUUAAAGUAUAUACUUAUAUAAUUUAUGAAAAUGGAGAUGAACCAGACCACUGUCGGAUCAGUUUUAUUAUCAUCAUCCAGUAUUUCACCAUGUUCUGCAAAUGAAAUUGCUAUAAGUCCAGGUGACUGUGUCGAAAGUGGUGUUGAAGAAUGGCUUGAAGAUGAAACUUUAGCAGGAUUUCGCGUUUGGCAAUUGGCAGGAAUAAUUUUAUCUAUUUUACUUAGCAUAAUAAUUGGAUUAUGCUGUUGUAUUCGAUUCAGAAUACCAAGAACAAAACAAGAGAUAGAAGCAGAUUAUAUUCGAAAGAAAAUAACAAAAAAUUUUAGAAAGGAAUUAUCGAAAAUAAAUAAUUCAGAUAUGGAUGAGAUGAAUUUACAAAAAGCAUUAGAAAAAAUACGUAAUGAAUUUGAUCCACAAGCAUAUCAAUUCCAAAAAGAGCAUGAAAAAAUUGCAAAUAACAGACCUCAACAAAUUGCACAAAAACGGAUUAAUACUAUAUUUACUGGUAUGCGUGACCAUCUUAAUAAAUGAAAGUGCAUUGAUAGUGAUAACAUAAUUUAAAAUUUCUAAUAUAAGUAACACUAUAAUGUAUAUUUUACGAUACCUU